AUGGCCAGACUCAGCAAGAACACAAACACAAACACAUCCCGCCGACGCUCGACACCCGAACCCCACCUCUCGCCGUCCGGAAAUGGCAGCAGCAGUCCGUUCUCGUCGCCUUCGCGAAGAGUACAGAGCAGUCUGCACAAGUUCUUUGCAAAGAAAGACGGGCAUCGCUCGACGCUCUCGUCUCGGAGAUCACCAUCGCCGACGCCGUCUCGCAGACCUACUAGCGCGCACGUCCCAUCUUCACGAUAUCUGAAAAAACCACUAGGCCCAGAUCCCGAAGAGAUCAUGAGAAAGCUCCACGCGCGCUCGGAAGAGAUCAGGAAAAGCCGCGACCUAAUAGAGGAAAACAAGCGGUUCCACGAGGCAAAUCUCGCAGAAGCAGCCGCGUCCGAGGAUGCAGCAGAUAUCAUGGUCUCGCCCAGCCGGCGGCGGGAGAAAGGGGAUCCAAGGACGAGCGCGUUCACGACCGAGUUUUUGAAGAGUUCGCUGGGGAGUAAAGCUGCGAGGCGGAUGCAGAGGUUGUUGAGAAAGCAGCAGAAGGAGCAGGAUCGGCCUGUGUUUGUGUUUUUUAGGCCGUUGGGGGAGUUUAGAGCGAAGAGGGAGAGGUUUCCUGUUUUUAAGGACGUGACGCGUCUCGAGCCGUGGAUACAGACGUGUUUGCUGGAUGCAAGCACGAGAAGCAAUAUGUUUGAAAGUGGAUUCAUCAAGUACAUGCUUGACACCGGCAAAAAGAUCCCAUAUGCCAUCAAGCGCUGGCUGAUGCUCGAAAGUAUUUCACUCCUCAUCUCUACUCUCUUCAAAUUUACUAGUGCUGACUUUACAUCCACAGUUUCCGCGGAGCCGAACGCAGUACUGGCGAAUGCGUAUCUCAACACUCUUCUGAGCUGCGACACGCUUCCGAUCGACAAAGACGUUGUCUCUGCAAUGAUGCUGAACCUAGGUGUUGAUGAGGACGUUGCAAAGUUGACUACUCCGUUAACGCUUACUCUGCCGCCUACGCAUGCCGACGACGAAGACGAAGACCCUACCGCAUCCCACCCCAAACAAAACCCCAAGCCGCCGGACGAACACUCCAAGACCCCCGCGUCAAACAUCGAAAACACUCUCUCCCUCUUCACCCACAUCGUCCACAAGCAAACCUACCGCGACAUCAUCUCGCUCUUCAUGUUCGCCCUCUGCACCCUCCUCGACUCCUCCUUCUCCACCGCCCCCCUCAUCGUCUCCGCCGCGUCCAAACUCCUGUCCGCAAUCAUCCUCGCCCGCACGACUACAAACGCAUGGCUCGCGUCCCUGCCACCAUACCUCUUCGAGCUCAUUCGCGGGGCACCCCUCCGCGCGCGCCUGCUCGCUAUCUUACCCGUCUCGGCAGGCGACCCCGCGAUCGCGCUGCGCACACAGCUCGCGCUUGCGUUUUUUCUGGAUGAUAUUGAGGGGGUGAUGCGCGAGGAGGUGCAUGAGGCAAAGAGAUUGCCGAUUGCGAAGAGGAUUAUUCCGGAGUUGAAUGAGAAUCUGCUGUAUAGGCUGCGGAUGAAGCAGGAUGCGGAGGUGAGCGAGGGGGAUGAUACUCGUGAUGAUGAGGAAGAGGAGCAGGAGGAGGAGGAUGAGGAGAUGUUUCAGGACGCAGCUGAAAGCGUCUCCCCAUCCCUCGACACGCCCAACGAAACUGAUGACGACGACGACGACGCGUCAUCCUCCUCUUCCUCCACCUCCUCGACCUCCAGCGCGAGCUCCAAAUUCGACUACCCCCUCCUCGCGCACAAAAUCACGUUCCUCAACUACGCGCUCCAGAGCUACGUCCGCAUCGGCAAAGACCACGACAAGAUCAACUACAUCAUCACCGCGCACCUCUCGCGGCUGCAAAAACAGAUUUUCAAUCCUGACGCGCGGUUUAGAGAUCGUACGGUAGCCGUGUUGGGGCUUAGGGCGCUGGAGUAUCGGUUGAGGGGGAUGUAUGUGGAUUCGAGGCAGAGCGUGCUGGAGAGACGGAGGGUGGCGAGUUUGAAGCGGAGGAAGAGGAAGAGGGAGGAGUGA